UGAAUACAAUUGCAUGCUAGAUGUAAUGCAUUUCAAAGGAUUGGCACGAGUUAUUGGAUCAUUGGAUAAUACGAUCGUAUACGCUGAUCUAGUUAUAAAUGUGUCCAACUUCAAGCUUCAUCUAACCGACUUUCGAAUAAUUCAGUUCAGUAGUAUUCAAGUGCAAUUGGACCAACCUCGAUUAAUCAAGCAGAUGACCAGCAUUAUUUUAAGCCCAAUCACAAGUUUGUUUAAAGACCUCAUUACAACGUCGAUAGCUGAUGGCCUAAAAGAACAAAUGCAAUCGAUAUUGGAUGAUUUUAAUGAUGAGGAUCCUUUACAACUGCAAAAAUUUGCAAGUAAACUACUUUCAGGAAUAACUGGAAAUAUUUUUUGAGACCAAAUGUAAAAAUAACUGAAACUGUUAUGUAUUGUAUUACCUUUUUAUAAAAUGUAUAUUGUGGCUAAUAAAAACAUAAUUAACCGAUCACGAUAAAGUUAUAGGAGAUAACUGUAUAUACAGGUAAAAUAAUUUUAGAACAUUUUAA